UUUUAGAAUGAGACCAAAUAGGCCAUAGACCAGGACAGAGGGACAGGAGCGACUGCUGCCUCCUAUCAGCAUCUGUCACCAUGAGGCUUCUUGUGCUCCUGCUGUUGGCUGGGGUCUGUGAUUUUGGGCUGUGCCGAAACCGGGACCCCUUCACCUGGCUGUCCCACCUGCACAGCCGGUACCGCGCCUAUGGGGCUCCCCAGGCCGACACCAACGGGGGGGACUGCCCCCUGGAGUGCGACUGCCCCCCGAGCUACCCCGUCGCCAUGUACUGCAACGGGCGUGGCCUCCAGCACAUCCCGUACGUCCCGUCUCGCAUGAAGUACGUCUACCUGCAGAACAACGAGAUCAGCGGGAUCCCGGACGACACCUUCGAAAACUCCACCGAGAUCGUCUGGCUCAUGCUGCAGCAGAACCAGCUCACCUCGGACCAGAUCGGCCCCAACGCCUUCACCAAGCUGACCAACCUGCAGCGGCUCUACCUGGACAACAACCUGCUCAACCAGGUGCCGCCCAACCUGCCCACCUCCAUCCGCGUCCUGCGGCUCACCAGCAACAACAUCACCGUCAUAGAGGAGGGCACCUUCAGCGGCAUGGAUGACCUCACCAUCCUGCAGCUCCACGACAACAGCAUAGAGGAAGUGGGCGGGGCCUUGAAGUCACUUCCGUCUCUCACCCUCCUGGACAUCAGCGGUAACAGGCUGCGCAAGGUUCCGGGCCUUCUCCCCGAGAGGCUGCACCAGCUCUAUCUGGAGUCCAACAGCAUCGAUGUCGUCCCCGCCGACUUCCUGCACAAACUCUCCCAGCUGCAGUUCGUCCGCCUCGCCAACAACCAGCUGACAGACAAAGGCAUCGCUUCCAACGCCUUCAACGUGAGCGGCCUGAUCGAGCUGGACCUCUCCUACAACAAGCUGGAGAGAAUCCCGCCCGUCAGCACCAAGCUCCAGAACCUCUACCUGCAGGCCAACCAGAUCAAAGAAUUCUCCCUGGGAAGCUUCUGCACAAAGAUUGACGUCAGGAAUUAUUCAAAUUUGAGAGUGCUGCGUCUUGACGGUAACGAAAUCAAUUCGGGAGACUUUCCACCAGAGGCCGCUCGUUGCCUACGUCUGGCUCGGUACAUUGACGUUUAGUACCAGAGAUUCACCAGCAGAGGGAAGCCUCUAGUCUCGCGCUUUGCUCACAUUUUGUGCAAUAGGCCAUCUUAUGGAUCACGUUUUGGAUAUAGCGUAGUUUCUUUUUCCUAUGCAUUUUCUCAGUGAAGACUUUUAAAUAGAACAGUAGGCCUAAUAAUCAAAUUUUCCAUUAGAAAAAAACAUAAAAUGUGGAGUUAAUAUAUGCGUAAUUAAUAGGGUGUGUAUUUAAGUCCUGGACUAAUGAAAUGGGCUAUGCUGUGAGUAUUUAUUCUUAACAAAUUCUUAAUCAAAUUAUAGCGAGUCUAUGCCAGUGUAUCUUUUAACAUUUUAUUUUUCAAAAAAAAAAAAAAAAAUACCCAAG